AAAACCGUAGCGUUGUACAUCUCCCAGCUCAUCUUUGGUGACAACUAUUGUGUUUAGGUUUAUGUUAUUAUACGUUGCCGAAUUCUGUAAUUGAUUAGUAAACAUUUAUAAAUAGUACACAUAUAGAGUGUUAUUUUUCUUAAAAAGAUAGGUCAACAUUUUAUUCAGAAUAAACGAGAAUGUCUGAGGACGCUGACUUAUAUCAGUUGCAAGGUUCUAACAACAAUGAGGCUGGUGGACUAAUUAUUCGUAAAAAAACGUCUGACCAUACGUUCAAAAAGCCACAGACUUCAAUUUUUGGUCUCGAUAAACUCGCUGAGCGUAAAAGACGUGAAAAUUCUCAAGAACCUAGUGGAUCUAAGGCUGCAACAAGUUCUUCCAAGUCAGAGUCUAAGGAUAGAAGGUAUCGUUCGUAUGAAGAAGAAACUCCAACGCACACUGGAGGAGUCAAUUCAGAAGCUCAACGAAGACUAGAAUCAAGAUUAAAACGGCAGAGAUUAGAUGCCCGUGACCAAGAAUAUAGAGAUCGUCAUAGAGAUCGAGAUCGAGACUAUGAUUACGAUAGAAGAAGGGACUGGGAUUGGCAUCAUGAAAGAAGUCGCAGUAGAGAUAGUUCAAGACAAACUCCUCUUAGAUUUAAGGAUGAACCUCAAACUCCAAAAUUUAGAACAAGGGAUCCUACCUCUCGGAGUAACUGGGAUGACGAUGAAGAUGAAGAGCCUAGGAGAUCAAGUUGGGAUCAUCCAACUCCAAAAUUGUACAAUAAUAGAGAUCCCAGAGACAGUGCACGAAGCGAAUUUACACCAUCGUACAAAUUUAACUCGUGGGUCAAAGAGCGUAAAGCUUCAGGUGCAACACCUAUGUUGGAUGGAGAGCAGAAGGAGCUUUGGGAGGAGGAACAGCAAAGACUCGAUAGAGAAUGGUAUGCAUUGGAUGAUGGUGAAAACCGUCAAUUUAAUGACGUAUCUGAAGAGUAUACACGUAAGAAGGAAAUGGAACUAGAAGCAAGAAGAGAGCGUCGCGUCUCCGCACAACAACGACAAAUAAACAAAGACAAUGAACUAUGGGAACGAAACAGAAUGUUGACAUCAGGAGUGGUCAGUUCUCUCGACCACGAUGACGAUCCUGAUGACGAGGGCGAGGCGAGGGUUCAUCUCUUAGUACAUAACGUGGUUCCUCCAUUCUUAGAUGGUCGAAUCGUGUUCACGAAGCAGCCAGAACCAGUAGUACCAGUGCGAGAUCCCGGAUCAGACAUGGCUUUAGUAGCAAGAAAAGGUUCCGCACUGGUACGCGCAUAUCGAGAACAGAAAGAACGACGUCGAGCGCAGCGUAAACAUUGGGAACUGGCAGGAACCCACAUAGGAAAUAUCAUGGGAGUACGUAAGGACGGACAGAAAGGUGAGGACGGCGAUCAGCAAGGUCAGGAAACGGACUUCAAAGCAGGACAGAAGUACGCACGUCAUAUUGGGGCUGGUGAAAUAUCUGGUGAAGCAAGACAGCGUUCGAUUCAGCAACAGAGAAGAAGUCUUCCCGUGUUCGCCGUCAGGCAAGAAUUGCUGAACGUUAUUCGUGAAAAUAGUGUUGUCGUUAUCGUGGGUGAAACUGGCAGUGGUAAAACAACUCAGUUAACGCAAUAUCUUCACGAAGACGGAUACAGUUGUUACGGUAUUAUCGGCUGCACGCAGCCAAGAAGAGUUGCUGCCAUGUCGGUAGCUAAAAGAGUGUCUGAUGAAAUGGCUACUGCACUUGGGGAUAAAGUCGGUUACGCAAUACGUUUUGAGGAUUGUACUUCGAAGGAAACCGUCAUCAAAUACAUGACGGAUGGUAUUUUAUUGAGAGAAAGCUUACGCGAAGGUGACUUGGACAGAUACAGUGUAGUCAUCAUGGACGAGGCUCACGAACGUUCCUUAUCGACGGAUGUAUUAUUUGGAUUACUACGCGAGGUUGUCGCACGGCGGCAUGAUCUCAAACUCAUCGUGACCUCAGCUACUAUGGACUCCAGCAAGUUUUCAGCAUUCUUUGGUAAUGCUGCAACAUUUGAGAUACCAGGAAGAACCUUUCCGGUGGAGAUACUUCACGCAAAGAAUCCUGUCGAGGAUUAUGUAGAUGCUGCAGUUAAGCAGGUCUUGCAGAUUCAUCUGCAACCACGAAGUGGAGACGUACUCGUUUUUAUGCCAGGUCAAGAGGACAUCGAAGUCACCUGUGAAGCGUUGAAGGAAAGAUUAGCUGAAAUCGAUUCGGCACCACCUCUAUCAAUCUUACCUAUUUACUCCCAGCUUCCGUCAGACCUCCAGGCAAAGAUCUUUCAACGUUCGGAAGGUGGUUUACGAAAAUGCGUGGUAGCUACGAAUAUUGCUGAGACUUCGUUGACUGUAGACGGAAUUGUAUUCGUGGUGGAUUCGGGAUACUGCAAACUCAAGGUCUACAAUCCUAGAAUUGGUAUGGAUGCUCUACAGGUUUAUCCAGUGUCCAGAGCCAAUGCUGAUCAAAGAGCUGGCAGAGCUGGAAGAACUGGACCUGGACAUUGUUAUCGGUUAUAUACUAGAAGACAAUAUUUGGAUGAACUUCUGCCUACGGGAGUUCCGGAAAUUCAACGUACUAAUCUUGCCAAUACUGUCCUCUUGUUAAAAUCGUUGGGUGUCCAAGAUUUACUUGCCUUUCACUUUAUGGAUCCCCCGCCUCAAGAUAAUAUAUUGAAUUCUCUUUAUCAACUGUGGAUACUUGGUGCUUUGGAUCACACGGGACGGCUCACUCCGUUGGGACGUCAGAUGGCUGAGUUUCCUCUUGAUCCACCACAGUGUCAAAUGUUGAUAGUCGCAUCGCAGCUGGGUUGUACAGCAGAUAUUCUUAUCAUAGUAUCAAUGCUAUCAGUUCCGUCAAUAUUUUAUCGUCCAAAAGGUCGUGAAGAGGACUCUGAUUCUGCCCGCGAGAAAUUUCAAGUUCCUGAAUCGGAUCAUCUGACAUUUUUGAACGUCUACAAUCAGUGGAAAUCAAAUGGUUAUUCUAGUUCCUGGUGCAAUGAUCAUUUCAUCCACGCAAAAGCAAUGCGGAAAGUACGAGAGGUGCGUCAGCAGCUUGAGGAAAUAUUGAAGCAACAAAAAAUGGAGGUGGUCAGUUGCGGUACUGAUUGGGAUGUCGUCAGGAAAUGUAUCUGCUCUGCGUACUUUCAUCAAGCAGCUCGUCUCAAGGGAAUAGGGGAAUACGUGAAUUGCAGAACCGGGAUGCCCUGCCAUCUUCAUCCCACUAGUGCUCUUUUUGGCAUGGGUUUCACACCAGACUACGUAGUCUACCACGAGCUGGUGAUGACUGCCAAAGAGUACAUGCAGUGUGUUACCGCUGUUGAUGGUCACUGGUUAGCUGAAUUAGGACCAAUGUUCUUCAGUGUAAAAGAGACUGGACGUAGUGGUCGAGCUAAAAGAAAACAGGCCAUGCAGCAUCUUCAUGAGAUGGAAGGGCAGAUGAAGGAAGCGGAAGAGGAGAUGCGUGCUAGGGCUCAAGAACAGUUAGAGAGGGAACAAGCCUCAGUUAGAAAAAAAGAAAUCCUGACUCCUGGAUCUAGGGAACCGGGUACGCCUGCUCCUUAUAGAAAGACUCCUGGUCGUUUGGGCUUGUAAAAAUAUAUUUUUGACAAAAUUAUUGUUUCUUUUCCGUUAAUCUGUUUUUUUUUUACUUGUCUUUUGUGAAAUUAUGGCAUACUGACAAGAAUGUAUCUACAUUUGAUUUAAACUUUAUCUGUAUAUACAUACAAGACCGUUAUGUAACAUAUAUCAGAAUAUUGAUAAUAAAUAUUGUACACACUUGUGAAAGUAAUUUGACUAUUUACAUUUGAUAUGAAAUAUGUUAUCCAUACCCUGAUGUAAAAGAUAUGAAUGAUCACUAAAAUGCUGAUUAAUAUUGAUAAUCACCGAGGACUAUGUACAGUGAACGAUUGAAAACUUUAGGAUAAAGAAGCCUAAAUUACGAUGAUUUCGCUAGACAAUCUUUGGCAAUAUCUUCUACACGAACUACAGCAAUACUAUAUCACUGCAGGAGUGAGAAAAUCGUAAUGGUAUCUCAAAUGCAAUCGCGAGCAGAGUGAGUAGAAAAGAGAACACUGGAAAAAGUGGGAAAAGUAGGAAGUAUAAGGGAGCGAAAUGGGCCGCUCUUCGCCCAUUUCCGUGGACGAGCACCGCCAGGACGUCCCGAGAGACGAUAUUCAACGCUAUAACCUCCAUCCUUUCCCACCGAGCAAGCUCAGUGGGUUAGACGUAUGGGACCGCGUCCGCUGCCGGCGGCGGACCUCGUCUAAACUAGCAGGUGCUCAAUAGUACUCGCACCUACCCCAAGUGAAGCCGACCCAAGAACACAAGCACAGAUAGGACUUUAUAGGACUUUAGGAAAGAGAUAAAUCAGAAAGUAAAGAAUGAAAUAUAAAGAAAUAAGGAAGUAAAAAAGAAAUAAAUAUAGAAAUAGAAGAAGGCUGGAAAUGGAUAUGAGGGAUGUUUCCAACAGACCAGUAUAGGAGACCGGCUCGAGGAAGAAUAAACGCUCCGAGUCCGGGCCCUGCCUCGAGCGCUUCCCCCACUCGCCGAGCCCUGCGCGACGAAUUUACGCACACACAAUUUUGGGCAACUUCCAGUACUUUUAAAUAUGCUU